CGCUUCUGUGUAACCGCGUAUACUGAGAUCUCUCUCCCGUCACACCGACGCUGUGAGUGCUAGAUUUCUCAUCUCCGUCUUAAAGACCUCUUCUGGCAUGUUGAGUUCUCUUCUUCGGUUCUUAAUUAUUUUUGACGCUUCCUCUCAUUUUAUCGUAUAGAUGUUAAACUGCAAAAUAGACUCGGUCCGCGAACAGCCGUAAGCCUGUAUUCGAAGAGCGUCACAUUUAGGAGUUUGCUUUACCUUGUUUUGACUAGAGCGAUUCGGUAGCAACGCAUUUGACAAGACACCGCAGCAGAGAAGAGAAGUACCAGGGUGUCUCUUGCCCAGCUGCUGCCCCAUGGCUGUAGCGUGCUGAGGAGCCACGCCCUGUUCCCAGCUGCCCGUCGCCCCUAUCUGUCUGCCACCCCCCCCCUCUCUCCUGAUGAGCUCGCAUAGCCAAGGCUUCUUCCACCACCACCACCACCACCAUCAUCAUCAUCACCACCGCAGCUCGGCGGUGCCCAGUGGCAUGCCCAGGCUGGUGCCCGACACGGGCGGCAGCAUGCUGGGGGGUAUCGCCCAGAUAACGCCCUCCCUCUUCCUGAGCCGCGGCAACGUGGCGUCCAACCGCAGCCUCCUGCUCUCCAAAGGCAUCACCUGUGUGGUCAACGCCACCAUCGAGCUGCCCAACUUCAACUGGCCGCACGUGGAGUACGUCAAGGUGCCGCUGGCCGACGUGCCCCACUCGCCCAUCUCCCUGUACUUCGACAGCGUGGCCGACAAGAUCCACAGCGUGGGCCGGGGGAAGCGGGGGGCCGUGCUGGUGCACUGCGCGGCCGGCGUCAGCCGCUCCGCCACCCUCUGCCUGGCCUACCUGAUGAAGUACCACCGCGUGUCGCUGGCCGAGGCCCACGCCUGGGUCAAGGCCCGCCGGCCCGUCAUCCGGCCCAACGCCGGCUUCUGGCGCCAGCUCAUCGAAUACGAGAGGAAGCUCUUCGGCAGGAACUCUGUGAAAAUGGUGCAGACGCCUUACGGGGUCGUCCCGGACGUGUACGAGAGGGACCGCCGCCACAUGGUCCCUCUCUGGGGCAUGUAGAGGAGGGAGGGGGGCGGGAGCUGGAGGGAGCGCGAGCGGAGCGGAGACAGAGGAGGGGGCAUCCAGGCCCUUGUUCUCUGCUCUGUUGUCUUCUAGGACCCUCCCACCUGGGGCUGCUUGGGUUGGAGUCCAAGCCGGAGUCCGUGAGUGUCUGCCUGUGUGAAGCUGAAUCAAUGGAGCCAGGAGCGUGGAGGUUUGAGGGAGCUCAGUCCACGGGAGCGACGCCCCCCACUUUCCCUUCCAGUGUCCGUCUGGCGAGAGGAGCACACUAGGUCGCUGGUGGAGGGUGGAAUUAGCAGGAAUUAGAAUUAGCAGGGUGGAGGUGCUCGGCUGUGGACACCGGUGUAGAACAGCUGUAGGACUGGAGAACAUUAGUGCUAGGAUCGUGCAGCCCCCUAGAACACUACGGAUGAAUGUGUGUUUGGAGCACCUGAGGCUCAGUGAUUCUGACAGUGACGUGACACUUUGAAACUUAACGUAAUUUCAUGUGAUGGUGAUGUUAUUGCAGUCUGCUGUUGUCUGUAAUGUGAUGGGCAGAAAUGGGUCAACUUGUAACUGUUAGUUCAAAGAUAGCAUACAGGACAAUAAAUACCAUACAGAACUUGUAGACAGACAGUGAUUAGAUGUUGGGGGGGGUGGG